AUGACGUCUCGUGCACUGGCCCUGUCGGAGCUGCGUAGACUGUAUGCGCGCCUCCGUUCGCUGGCGGCGGUUUGGGCUCUUCUGCCGGUGUGUGCGGUCGCUCUAUCGCACGCUACCCCUUGCUCAAACGCUGCUUUCUUCGCUCGUUGGGGAGGAGGCAGACGCCUGGAGGGGAGACCUUUCGCGCCGCAACCGCCCUUCUCCAUCACGUCAGCGGAGGCGUCGAACUCGAUGAACUGCGUCCGCUGUCUGUUCCCCGGGAACAUCAAAACGCCCGCCGCUCCCCAAGGCGCUUCUGACGCAGCAUCUUCGCCCGCGUGCCCAGCUGCGUGUCUGCGCAACGGAGCCCAAAGGAUUCCUUCGCUGCCGGCGCCUCCUGUGGGGUCUGCGCAUCCGACCUGUUUCAUCCUCUCGCCCUCCGGCGCUCUCUGUCUCGAUUCCUCCGCACAGAAUUCAAGUCGCCUCUCGACUCGAAGUUCGUCCUUUGUUCACGCUGGAUUGCCGUCUAGUAUGCCCCACUCCUCUCGCUCACCUUUCUCUCCGCUGGGCGUCUCUUCGGUUUUCAAGCUUGGCAGCCGCCCGCCGCUUCUCCCUGCCCCAGGGGCCUCGUGGUCAGGCGCCCUGCGGUCGGUCCGCGCCUCAGACGGCCGGCUGGUCGUGUCGGGGGACAGCCGCGACGCCGGCGAUGCGGCUGCGGGCUCUGCGCGCCUCGAGGCGCCUCUUGGGGCCGGCUCGUCGGCACUCUCCCGCUUCGCCGGCUCUGCCGCGGUGGGCGCGCCUCCGUACAGCUCGCCCUCUGCGCCGGUGCCUGCGCCAGCAGACCCCGUGCGCCCAGGGCCGCUGACGUCGGACAUGUCCCUCGCAGGGCGCAGAAUGGAAAUCGACCCCAGCGGGCCUCUGGGGCAGAUGCAGACGCUGCUGCGCGAGGGGAUCUACAAGGCUGGCGCCUACAUCCAGGCGUGGCCGCAGAACGACGAACGCGACGUCGACAUGCUGGUCACCAAACUCGACGAAACUGCCGCCAUCUCUCCGGGGCAGAAGACUGUGGUCCAGCUGCCGCUUCGUGAGCGCGAGCGUAUCGUGCGGCAUAUGCGGGCGACGCGAUCGGCGACGAUCUUUUUGGGGUACGUGGACUACCGGGAGGAAGGCGACGUGGAGAUUGACCAGCCGCAGGAAGGACGCAGCGCGCUGACGGGACCGCCGCCUUCGGGACAAGGCACCAAAGACGACUACAUGCUCAUUGGAUACGGCGCGAUCGCGGAGCCGACGGAGAUCCACAUGCUGGACAAGAGCGGCGAAAUUGGGCUGCGAAUCAUGGGGCGCGUGAAAAUCGUCUCUGUGCUAGAGGCAUCCGAAACGAACUUCCGGGUUCGCGUACUGCCACACAGGGACGAGAGCAGACGAGAAGGCUUUGUGAACCCUCUGGUGUCACGCGAAAAUAUCAAGGCACUGUAUAGCUUGUACGACCGCGUAAACAAGACGGAGCUUCUUUUCCGGAAGCUAGAAGGGAAAAUGCACCAAGCCCAUCUCGUGUCACUGCGGCCGCGCUUGGAGGACAAAGUGGACGAAUUCAUCAAUGAGACUUCCGGCGCCACUGAGCAAGACAUCGGCGAAUGGGUGUCUUUCUGUGCCAUGGAUCAUCACAUAGAUGCCCGAGCCAGGUGUUGGGCAAUGGCACAGCAGGACACCGAGCUGCGACUCGAUGUCGUGAGAAGGUCUUUAGAGGACAAACUCCGGCAGCUACAGGCGGAAGUGAAAAGCCUCAAAGACCAGCCAGGCGCACGUGAUCCAGACGACGUCAUGAGGUCCAUUUCUGAGGAGAUGCCUCUCAACAUCAAGCUGUGA